AUGAGACAUGAUGUUUCAUAUUUUCCUAGAGAAGAAAAUAAAAAAAAGACUCAAAAAAAAUUAGCAAAAGAAGAGGGCGUAGAACAGUUGGAGGAGUUGGAGGAGUUGGAGGAAGUAGAAGAAAUGCAAGAACCAGAAGGAUAUAGAACUUUAGUAAUACACCCUGGCUCAAGAAAUUUGAGAAUUGGUCGUGCCUCCAAUGCUUUCCCACAAGUUAUACCACACGUACAAUUUAAACAAGUUGUCAAUGACAUCAAGAAAGAAUUGAAGGAUAGAAUGAAAGCGGCAAAAAGACGUCCUGUUGCUAAUGCACAAUCACAAGUUCAUUCAUUUAAUAAAUCAGCACAUUCUGAAAUUAUAGCAGACCAUAAUGAUCCUUACAGGGUAGAGUGGACAGAUGUAGAUGAUGGUUCAACAUAUUAUAUUGGAGAAAAGGCUCUUCGUAUACCUGAUACUGAAACUGAUAUUAAAUUAUUUUAUCCAAUACAAAAUGGAGAACUUAAUACAAAAGAUUAUGACUCAGUGAAAGCAGUUGUUGGUGACUUGGAAAAAAUAUGGACAAUUGGUAGAAAAAUUGAUGGGUUGAUUAGGAACACUGAUGGUUUGGAAUAUGGAGGGAUGGAAGCAGGAAGAUACUAUGAAGGUGAAAAAGGAACGAAAUGGUUGAAGGAAUCUAAGUUGAAAUUGCCAAAACUAUCAAGAGAUAUGCUGGUCCAAUUGGAUCACGAAAAAAAAACAGUUUUGGAGGAGUUAGAAAUUGUGGGUUUUGUUCAUGGAGGGCGUUCCUUAAUGUUAAUCUUUGUUGAUAUUCCAAAAGGAUAUAUUUGUAGGCUAACAAGAAGCAUUGUUUAUGAAAUUCCUACCAAAAUCAUGUCUUUUUAUAAAGCUUUAGAACUAAUCAGUGCAGUCUGGACUGCAAAGUUGAAAGUUCAAAGAACAAUUUCUAUAGUUGAGCAACCAAAAACUAAAAUAUCGGUAGGCAUUAAAAGGAAAAAAUCUCAAGAGGAAAAAAGGUUCAAUGGCUCAAAUACAUCACCAAAAAGAAUUUCAACUGAACAAUACUUGCACAUUGGAAAUAAUUUUCAUUUUCAUCCUUACAUCUUUUUCAAUAAAAAGGUACAAUUUAAACAAGUUGUCAAUGACAUCAAGAAAGAAUUGAAGGAUAGAAUGAAAGCGGCAAAAAGACGUCCUGUUGCUAAUGCACAAUCACAAGUUCAUUCAUUUAAUAAAUCAGCACAUUCUGAAAUUAUAGCAGACCAUAAUGAUCCUUACAGGGUAGAGUGGACAGAUGUAGAUGAUGGUUCAACAUAUUAUAUUGGAGAAAAGGCUCUUCGUAUACCUGAUACUGAAACUGAUAUUAAAUUAUUUUAUCCAAUACAAAAUGGAGAACUUAAUACAAAAGAUUAUGACUCAGUGAAAGCAGUUGUUGGUGACUUGGAAAAAAUAUGGACAACUGGAAUUUCUUGUUCAUGCGUGGUUGAUAUAGGUUCUCAAACAACUACAGUUUCAUGUGUAGAAGAUGGAAUGUGUAUCAAUGACUCAAGAUUAAGUUUACAUUACGGUGGCGAUGACAUAACAACAUUUUUCAUUAAACUUUUAAAAAAAAAUAAAUUCCCUUAUCAAGAGAUGAAUUUAAACUGUGUGUAUGAUUGGCUAUUGGCAGAAGAAAUUAAGGAAAAAUUUUGUACACUUGAUGAGGCAAAUUUGGGUAUUCAAUUAAACGAAUUCUUUGUUAGAGCAUCCAAUAAACACACACUCUUGUAUAAAUCAAAGAUUUAUGACGAUGCUAUCAUUGCACCAAUGGUACAUUUUCUUUUUGAAUUAUUAUCAUUACACAAUGAUAUUACAGAAGGAUCGUUGAAUUCCAAUAAUAUGGUUGUCGCACAAGUAUCGCUUACUCAAAAACCAAAGAUUCCUGUUUCGUCAUCACAAGCAUCACAAUUUAAAAGUUCAUUUCCUUCUCCAUCGCCACAGUCUCGUGAUAGUCCUGGUUCAACAACUCCUCUUCAAAUCGAGAAUCCUGUGCCAUCAACUCCAUCCAAUAACAACGUCACUUCUGCCAUCAAUACUACGGAACAAGAAUCCCCAAGUUUAAUGACAUCUCUGACAAGCAUUCAUGAUGCUCUUCUUGUUGAUCCAUCAUCAACUCUUCCACUUGACGAUGCAAUAAUUCAAAGUAUUAAUGCAACGUCUACAGAUGAAAGAGUUAAAAGGUUUUAUCCUAAUAUAAUUUUGGUUGGUGGUAGUAGUCUUAUUCCGGGCUUAAGCAAAAUGUUGGAAGAAAGAUUAAGAGCUCGAAAUAUACAAAACUCUGAUAAAUUUACAAUACUUGCAUCACCAAGGGAAUUAGAUCCAAGACUGUUAGCAUGGAAAGGUGGAUUUGUUUUGAGUAAAUUAGAUAUCAUAAAUGAGUUUUGGAUUGGAUCUAAAGAAUGGGCAGAAUUGGGUGUCAGAUCACUUAGAGCAAAGGCAUUUUUUAUCAUGUAA